AUGUCACAGGUAUCUGAUUUCUCUAUAGCAGAAGUUGCAAAUCAUGGCAAAGGAAAGAAUAUAUGGAUUUGCAUUCAAGGAAAUGUAUACGAUAUAUCGAAGUUCAUAGAAGAGCAUCCUGGGGGAGAAGAGAUACUUCGUUCGUUUGCAGGCAAAGAUGCUACAGAAGCUUUUCAGGACGCUGCACACUCUGAGGAGGUGAAACCCAUAAUGGAGAGGCUGCUAAUUGGAACAGUUCCACUGUUGGUGAGUCAGGGCACACCUCAAUGGCAAAACGCAAGUUGA